AGUUAUGAGAUAAGCAUUAAGCACAACACAAAUCACAAAAUAAGAUUAUGAAGUUGCUACGGUUAUCAGUUAUCACAUCUUAUCUGCCAAAUUCUAAGUUGUCCGUGUCGUUAUUUCCGCGGAAAAUGAAACGAACCUAAUCAUUACGUUUUAUUUCCGCGUACUAAGUGAACGCUGUGGGUGUGGUGUGUUUACAUUAAGUAAAAUUAAAUUAUAGACAAUUAUGAGGGCUUUUUUUCGGCGAGGAGUAUACAUUUUAUUCAAAAAAAACUUAUUAUUAACUAAUUGUAUUUCAUCUGGAGUGUUUUUGGGGCUUGGUGAUUUAGUUCAACAAGAAAUUGAAUAUCAAUCUAAACUUUUGAAAGAAAGAUAUGACUGGACUCGUACAGGAAGAAUGUUCUUAAUUGGAACUUUAUUGGGUCCAAUACACCAUUACUAUUAUAUUUAUUUGGACAAGGUACUCCCAGGUAUUGAUGUUAAAACAAUAACAAAGAAAAUAGCUCUUGAUCAAGUAAUUGCAUCACCAGUAUUUAUUGUAUUAUUCUUUUAUGGAAUGGGUAUAUUAGAAAACAAAACAAGGGAGCAAAAUGUACAAGAUGUCAAAAGAAAGUUUUUACCUACUUUUGUGGGUGACUGUUUAUUCUGGCCCCCAGUUCAGUACUUUAAUUUUUACUAUUUACCAAAUCAAUAUAGAGUAUUCUAUGGAAAUGUUGCAACAAUGGUAAUUAAUGUAUUUUAUUCAUAUAUACAACAUCAGUAUUAGCAAAAAUUUUAUUAUAUUUAAUUUAAAAAUAUAACAAAAAUAAAAUACAUAAGUACUUAAUUAUAAUAUAAAAUAUAAAUUAUUUUAACAAU